AUGACGGCUUUGUGCUCCCUUCCAGGAGUGUUGGGUGAGGAGGAGCUGCAGGUGAUUCAGCCUGAGAAGUCCGUGUCAGUCACAGCUGGAGAGGCGGCCACUCUGAACUGCACUGUGACCUCCCUGAUCCCUGUGGGGCCCAUCCAGUGGUUCAGAGGAGCUGGACCAGGCCGGGAAUUAAUCUACCAUCAGAAGGAAGGCCACUUCCCCCGGGUAACACCUGUUUCAGAGUCCACAAAGAGAAACAACAUGGACUUUUCCAUCCGCAUCAGUAACAUCACCCCAGCAGAUGCCGGCACCUACUACUGUGUGAAGUUCCGGAAAGGGAGCCCCGACGUGGAGUUGAAGUCUGGAGCAGGCACUGAGCUCUCUGUGCGUGCCAAACCCUCUGCCCCUGUGGUAUCGGGCCCCGCAGUGAGGGCCACAGCUGAGCACACAGUGAGCUUCACCUGCGAGUCCCACGGCUUCUCUCCCAGAGACAUCACCCUGAAAUGGUUCAAAAAUGGGAACGAGCUCUCAGACUUCCAGACCAGCGUGGACCCCGCAGGAAAGAGCGUGUCCUACAGCAUCCGCAGCACAGCCAGGGUGGUGCUGACCCGCAGAGACGUUCACUCUCAAGUCAUCUGCGAGGUGGCCCACGUCACCUUGCAGGGGGACCCUCUUCGUGGGACUGCCAACUUGUCUGAGGCCAUCCGAGUUCCACCCUUCUUGGAGGUUACUCAACAGUCCAUGAGGGCAGACAACCAGGUGAAUGUCACCUGCCAGGUGACGAAGUUCUACCCCCAGAGACUACUGCUGACCUGGUUGGAGAACGGAAACGUGUCCCGGACAGAAAUGGCCUCAGCCCUUCCAGAGAACAAGGAUGGCACCUAUAACUGGACGAGCUGGUUCCUGGUGAAUGUGUCUGCCCAUAGGGAUGAUGUGAAGCUCACCUGCCAGGUGGAGCAUGACGGGCAGCCAGCGGUGAACAAAAGCUUUUCCGUGAAGGUCUCAGCCCACCCGAAGGAGCAGGGCUCAAAUACCGCCGCUGAGAAUACUGGAACUAAUGAACGGAACAUCUAUAUUGUGGUGGGCGUGGUGUGCACCUUGCUGGUGGCCCUACUGAUGGCAGCCCUCUACCUCGUCCGAAUCAGACAGAAGAAAGCCCAGGGCUCCACUUCCUCUACAAGGUUGCAUGAGCCUGAGAAGAAUGCCAGAGAAAUAACCCAGGUACAAUCCUUGGACACAAAUGAUAUCACAUAUGCAGACCUGAACCUGCCCAAGGGGAAGAAGCCCGCUCCCCGGGCCGCGGAGCCCAACAACCACACAGAGUAUGCCAGCAUUCAGACCAGCCCGCAGCCCGCAUCGGAGGACACCCUCACCUACGCUGACCUGGACAUGGUCCACCUCAACCGAACCCCCAAGCAGCCGGCCCCCAAGCCCGAGCCAUCCUUCUCAGAGUAUGCCAGCGUCCAGGUCCCGAGGAAGUGAAUGGGACCGUGGUUUGCUCUAGCACCCAUCUCCACGUGCUUUCUUGUCCCACAGGGAGCCGCCGUGAUGAGCACAGCCAACCCAGUUCCCAGAGGGCUGGGGCGGUGCAGGCUCUGGGACCCAGGGGCCAGGGUGGCUCUUCUCUCCCCACCCCUCCUUGGCUCUCCAGCACUUCCUGGGCAGCCACGGCCCCCUCCCCCCACAUUGCCACACACCUGGAGGCUGAUGGUGCCAAACCAGCCAGGGAACCGACCUGGGAAGUGGCCAGAACUGCCUGGGGUCCAAGAACUCUUGUGCCUCCGUCCAUCACCACGUGGGUCUCGAAGACCCUUAACUGCCUCCCCGAUGCUCCGAAGCCUGAGCUUCCAGGGUGGCCCCCUGACCACCACCACCACCACCACCACCACCCCCACCCAACUGGGGCUUAAGGGGGGAAGAUUUCCCCUUUAGAUCAAACUGCCCCUUCCAUGGAAAAGCUGGAAAAAAAUCUCUGGAACCCAUAUCCAGACUUGGUGAGGUUGCUGCCAACAGUCCUGGCCUCCCCCAUCCCUAGGCUAAAGAGCCAUGAGUCCUGGAGGAGGGGAGGACCCCUCCCAAAGGACUGGAGACAAAACCCUCCGCUUCCUUGGGUCUCUCCAAGACUCCCUGGGGCCCAACUGCGUUGCUCCACCCAGACCCAUCUCUCCCUUCUAGACCUGAGCUUGCCCCUCCAGCUAGCACUAAGCAACAUCUCGCUGUGGACGCCUGUAAAUUACUGAGAAAUGUGAAACGUGCAAUCUUGAAACUGAGGUGUUAGAAAACUUGAUCUGUGGUGUUUUGUUUUGUUUUUUUCUUAAAACAACAGCAACGUGA